UCACGCUGCUAAGCCGAACCGGACGGCAGUUUUGCAUCGUCCAUUCUACACAACUGGUUACGAGCUUCGAUUGUCGUCAAAAAACAACAACAACAAAAAUUCUGUUCUUUUGUUUUGUUUUUUUUUCUCCCGCUGCUCCUCUCACCUGAGUUCGCUUCUAAUUGGAUAGCCUUUACGUAAUAACCUGUUGUGCGUUUAAAAGUGAACACACGUCAAUCAGUGCGCCCAGUUUUUUCGGGGGGUGGUGGUGGAAAUCGCGAUUUUUUAAAUGACACAAUUAAAAAAUCAACUAUAACACACACACACACACACAAACACACACACAAGAAAAAGAAAAUUCCAAUCAGAGAUGAACAGAACGUGAAAAAAAAAAGUGCGCCGAAGCUUCGGAUGUGAUUUGGUUUUGUUUCUACAUGUGUGCGCUUCUGUUUUCCAACUGGCCGUGAAACGUGUGAUACAAGUGCGUGAUUCAUGCCUUUAUUGACUGUGACAGCACCGUCGUUUGUCUUGUUCUUCUUGAAGCUAUGGUGUAUCCGUGGGAUAGGAAGCUCUGGUGGAGAAUUUGUGCAUACAUCUCGUUAGUUAUCCUGGUCAGGUGCCAGCAAUCAUUGAAAACGAGCCAAUACGACGGAGAUGGCCAUCCAUCGGUCGGAACGAACAGCACACGUUGGACGGGAGCGAGGGGAGAAAAAGGAUCGGACGAUCAGAUAGUGACAUCGAUGGCGAUGGUUCAGUCAAGACGGACGGCCGGUGAUGGCGCCGGCCGUACCAAGCGCGAUAUCUUUCACCUGUACAACAUGAUGAGCUGUACGACGCAAUGCGAUCCACUUUCCUACAAAGGUUACGGCUGUUAUUGCGGCUUUCUCGGCUCCGGGCUCACCGUCGACGCCAUCGACAGGUGUUGCAAAAAACACGAUUUUUGCUACGGAGCAACUCCUUGCCGCCAUCAGUCGCUUAUCUACUUUGUUCCGUACAAAUGGAAAUGCAACGGCGGACAUCCUUAUUGCGUUACGGGAUUUGGGCAAAUGAAGGCUAGCGACGUUUGCGCCCAUCACCUGUGCGAAUGCGACCGUCAGUUCGCCGAAUGCAUCCGCCAUUAUCCGUGUCCGGCUAAGAAAACUACCUGCCCUUCCAAUCCGCUUAGGAGCCUUGGCUAAAGCGCAAACAACAUGAAAAAAAAAAGCAAAACAAAUGCGGUUUUUUUAAAAAAAGGAGGGUUUCAAACAAAAAGGCAGCAAAAACAAAAGAUUGAAAUCCACUAUAUACGCGUAUAGCCAUAAUUAUGUUCGUUUUGUCUUCAAAAUGAAGUGUAACGCUCCAUUUGAAUAACUCGAUUUUCAUUUGUGGUGUAUGUCUUUUUGUUUGUUUGUACGUGUAAAUGACUCUCUCUUUUCCAUACCUUUGUUUUUAAAAACACACAAACUGCCUGUCUCUUUAAACGUUUUUCCUGCCUUUGUUUGUUCACGUGUUCAAAAAAAGCACUGCCCACAUGAGUGCUCUGCCUACAUUAUCCUUUCCACCAGCCACCCUCAUCUUUUGUAUUGAGUUCAUUUUUUUCGCUAUACAUUUUUUGCUAUCAGAUUUUGAAUAAUAAACAAGAAUUAAAAUCGAAA